GCAGUGCACUCGCACUAUGAGUUUUCAAAAACUGCACAAAUUAUCAACCUUUUACAGUAGAUCUCUGUUUACACGUCUAAUUAUGACCUCAACUAAAGAAGGAGCAUCUGCAACUGCACCGAUUGAGGUACUGCAUGACGAGAAAAAGGGUGAAUUCUACAUAGAAAUGGACGCAGGUGGUAAAACCUCCAGGGCAUACCUUCAGUAUACAAGCCAAGGAGGAGACAAGGGAGAGGUACUGGAUAUGUAUCAUACACUGGUACCACCAGAGUUCAGAGGCAAAGGAGUUGCAAAACAUUUAGCAAAAGCUGCAUUUGACCAUGCUGUAAAGAAAGAUGUCUCUAUGAGGUUAACAUGUUCAUAUCUGCAGAAAUAUGCACAAGAUAACCCCACACCAGAGUAUACGAAAAGGAUUGUAUGAUACAAUGAAUCACAGAAUAUUGUAUGGACAUUUCAAUUUACAUGGUAGUCGUCAUCAAAAACAUUAUAAGAUUUAAAACUAAUUAUAGAGCCCCUGUUAAAAUUCCACCAAUUGGCAAAAUCUAAAUUUUGAAGGUCAAAAGUGGAUUUUUUCAUUUUUGUUGUACAGUUGUAAUGAUGAUUUUAUUCAGAGAAGAGUAUUUUUUGCAGAAAAAAUAAGUUUCAGUUAAAAUUUAAAAUACUUAUGUUGGAUCAAUUAAUACAUGUAUAUACCUAUACAAAAUAUAAUAAAAGUACAUUUGGACCAUUGAUUCCAAUGAAAGAAAGCCUCACCCAUAUAAUAUGUACAAAGAAACAAUUAAAAAAUGUUUAAAAUGUGCAAUCAACUCAUUCAGGGUAUGUCAGCAGCGAUUAACUGCAUAUAUGAUAUUUAAUAAUCUUAAAUUGAACAACUAUAAAUUUAAGUGUCUUUUUAGGGAGUAAGCUGGUCAGAAAUCUCAUUUUGAUGUUUUUGAGCCAUUUGAAGUGUGAUUGAUAUUCAAACUAUAGAACAAGAAACGUCUACGAAUGAUUUUGCCUCUAAUCCUUCCUUGAGAUGUGUACUAUAAUACAGAUUUUCUCAUGAUAUAAGCUCAACUCAUUCUAUCGUCCGUGGUGACUUAUUGGAAAUACACAUUGGAUUUUAUCUAAGGUA